AUCAGGGGUAGUUUCAUUUAGCACGUGUUUAGAAGGCAAUAAAAAGUGCGGAAAUCGCUCAUUUUCAUCUCCAGUUUUCACUCGUAUGAUUAUAACGAAUUUUUUGCUUAUCGUUAGGCAAUUUUCGACUAAGAUGGCACUACCAAAAGUGUAUUUCGACAUGUCAGUUGGCGGUAAACCAGCUGGCCGUAUUGUGAUGGAGUUACGUGCAGAUGUGGUACCCAAAACUGCAGAAAACUUCCGAGCCCUUUGCACUGGAGAAAAAGGUUUUGGAUACAAGGGAUCAAAGUUCCAUCGUGUCAUUCCUGGCUUUAUGUGUCAGGGAGGCGACUUUACUAGAGGGAAUGGAACUGGUGGAAAAUCCAUUUAUGGAGAAAAGUUUGCAGAUGAGAAUUUUACAUUGAAGCACACAGGCGCAGGUAUUCUCUCAAUGGCUAAUGCUGGUCCUGGUACAAAUGGAUCACAGUUCUUUAUUUGCACUGUAAAAACUUACUGGUUGGAUGGGAAACAUGUUGUGUUUGGUUCUGUUGUCGAAGGGACGGAUGUAGUGAGUGCAAUUGAGAAAGUUGGUAGUCAAGGUGGAAAAACAUCUAAAGAUGUUGUGAUUUCUGAUUGUGGACAGCUCUAGAUAUUUUAUCAUUACCAAUAUGCAUUUCAUUCUAGUUUAGUCCUUGAUGUUUUGAUAGUUGAUGAUACCUUGUGGUACAUUCUGUAAGAUCAUGCAAUAAGUAGGGAAUGAACUUAAGAGUAUGAAAUAAAAGAAUUUUUGUCCAAA